AAUUGAAGAACGAUUCGAAAAUUUCAAAACUAACGUAAAAAAUAAAAAAUAAAAAAGCUUAUUGAUCGCUCUGAAGCCCAAAUUAACUGGGGGCCCAUCGUUCAUUGUUAUGUAUUGAUCCGCCCCAGACCCAAGACAAAUACAAGUGAUAGUAUUAUUCUAGGAUUUCUCAGGCUACCGAUUUUGUGUUUAUUAGCUUUCGUUUCUGCCUCCGCCCCUACACACUCAGCAGCUCUCAAGAUGACUCUGUCGAACGACAUCGAUUUGUUGCACCCACCCGCUGACGUUGAGAAGAGGAAGCAUAAGCUUAAGCGUCUCGUUCAGACCCCCAAUUCUUUCUUCAUGGAUGUGAAAUGCCAAGGCUGCUUUAACACCACCACUGUGUUUAGUCACUCUCAGACUGUCGUGGUGUGUGGGAAUUGCCAGACAGUAUUAUGCCAGCCAACUGGUGGUCGGGCAAGGCUUACCAAAUCUUCUUUUAGGAGAAAGAGUGAUUGAGGUGAUCUGAAUCGGUCAGUUGGUUUGGAGAUGAUAACUAGAACUACUUUGGACUUGCGUAUCUUUGAUAUGUUAGUAUGAAUUCGUGUUGAAGUUUUUAAUGAAAAUUUUAUUAGUACGAUGUACUCGAUACUUGUAGUUGAAUCAAUUGUGUUUGGUGGCUGACAGUUCAUUAUUGUGGAAUUUUGCUGCGAUUGCAGGUAUAAUUAUUUCCCCUUAAUCGAUUA